AUGUCUCCCGCAACCAAACCGCAGCCGCGGUUCCGCAAGAUCCAAAGCUUCAAGACAGACUACGCUCCUUGUCAGAUCAGUCAGUAUGUCUCGGAAAGAAGUGGUAUGCAAGUCAUCGUUGCCGAUCGCAAAGGGCCGAAGACCAAUGGCUACUUUACCCUCGCAACUGAGAUCUUUGAUGAUUCCGGUGCUCCUCACACUCUUGAACAUUUGAUUUUUAUGGGCUCCAAAAACUAUCGCUACAAGGGUCUUCUCGACAAACUAGCAUCCCGAGCUUAUUCAGGGACCAACGCCUGGACUGCGACAGACCAUACAGCCUAUACUUUGGAAAGCGCCGGCUGGGAAGGCUUCUCCCAGAUUCUACCCGUGUAUCUGGAGCACGUUAUUUUGCCUAUUCUGACUGAUGAGGCAUGCGUGACCGAGGUGCACCACAUCGAUGGCGAGGGCAACGAUGCGGGAGUGGUCUAUUCCGAAAUGCAGGCUGUCCAGUUCAAAAGUGCCGAGAUCAUGGAUCUUAAGGCUCGUCGGCUUCUGUAUCCUGAAAAUGUGGGCUUCCGGUAUGAGACCGGCGGUAUGACUGAUGCGCUACGUGUUUUGACAAACGAACGCAUUCGCCAGUUCCAUCGGGACAUGUACCAGCCUCGCAACCUGUGCGUUGUCAUCAUUGGUGAGGCGGAUCAUGAUAAUCUGUUGCAAAUUCUUGAUGAGUUCGAGGAGAGCAUCAAAGAUGAUCUCCCACCGUUGGACUCGCCUUUUCAGAGGCCCUGGAUCGACUCAGCGCAACCUCCAGCCCUCAAAGAGUCAAUAAUCACAACAGCCGAGUUUCCUGAAGAGGAUGAGUCAGUAGGCGAGAUCACCGUAGCUUUCUUCGGACCUAACUGUACCGAUGUUGUGGCAACUUCUGCGCUCAACGUUCUCCUCACAUAUCUAUGCGGAUCCUCUGUAUCAAUACUUGAGAACGUCAUUGUCGAGAGAGAGGAACUAGCCAGCUCGGUCUCAUACUGGUGGGAUGCAAGGCCCAACUCUGUGAUCUGGUUCCAGCCCACCGGCGUGGAGACAGAGAAACUCGAAUUUGUCGAGAAGAGACUGAUCGACCUUCUGAAAGAGGUUGCGUCGAAGCCUCUGGAUAUGGAGUACUUGACAUCUUGCAUCCACCGCGAACGUCUCCAGGUUAAGUUCCAAGCUGAAGAAUCAGAGAGCUUCUACUCCACAAACAUCAUUACAGAUUACCUUUUUGGUAACCGCGAUGGCUCGACUCUUAAGGACUUGAAGUCCUUGUCUGAGUAUGAGAUCCUGGAGAAGUGGACCGAUGAGCAAUGGAGAGACUUUCUGCGUAAAUGGAUCUCAGACGCCCCCCACGUUUCUAUUCUGGGUAAGCCCUCGCAUGAGCUCGCAAAGAAGCAAAAGGCGGAUGAGGAGGCAAGACUGGCGAAAAGAAAGGAAGAGCUUGGCCCAGAAGGUCUGGCGAAGCUCAAGGAGCGCCUCGAAGCCGCCAAAGCCAAGAACGAUGAGCCUAUUCCUGCCUCAGUUGUAGAUCAAUGGCCCGUGCCCGGCACCGAAUCAAUUCACUUCAUUGAAUCAGACACGGCGAGAGCUGGAAAGGCAAGAAGUCUGGGUCUUCCUACCAACCCGGCACAGAAGAUCAUUGAUGGUUCCAAGCAAGGGGAGGAUCCUCUCUUCAUUCAGUUCGAAAGCGUGCCCACCAACUUCGUUCAUUUGACCGUUUACUUGGGUACUUCGCAAGUGCCACUUGAGCUCAAGCCUCUGGUACCCAUCUUCAACGACAACUUCUUCAACACGCCUAUCAUGCGUAACGGGGAGAAAGUUAGUUUCGAGCAGGUCGUCAUGGAACUGGAACAGGACACCAUUAGCUACGGUCUUCGUUCUACGAGAGACUAUGGUGACCCAGAUGGCAUUAUGAUACAGUUCCAGAUCGAACCUGAAAAGUACUCCACUGUUAUCAACUGGGUUCGGACCAUGAUGUUUGACAGCGUCUUCGAUGUCCAGCGCCUCAAGGCAGGUGUGCAAAAACAUUUGGCAGACAUUCCCGAGAUGAAGCGCGACGGCAGAUCCAUGGCCUCUGAGGUUGACAUGUCCAUCCACAUGAAGAAGGAGUCGUACUCGGUCGCCAAACGUGCGCUUGUCCGCGCUAUCUAUCUCCGCCGACUGAAGAAGCUCAUCGCGUCCGACCCGGAAAAGGUUCUUUCCUGGUUCGAGCAGCUGCGCAAGUCUCUUUUCACCUUCAACAACGUGCGCGUUCUGGUGACAGCUGACGUCUCCCGUCUGCCGGAGCCGAUUGCCGCCUGGGACAUUCUCAGCAAGACCCUCAAGCCUACUAACGAGCUGAUCCCAAUCACCAAACCACACACGCUUCUCACUGCUGAUGGCAAGAACCCCGGCAAUGUUGGCGCCGUAAUUGUUCCCAUGACCACCGCAGACAGCUCCUUCGGCGUCAGCACGGCCAAGGGCAUUACCUCUUUCGAAGACCCGCGUCUGCCUGCGAUUAUGGUUGCCAUUGGCUACCUUGAAUCUGCUGAGGGGCCUCUCUGGAACUCUGUCCGAGGCCAAGGUCUGGCGUACGGCUCGUAUUUUGGACGGGAGCUCGAUGCAGGUACUAUUCAGUACAAGAUAUACCGCUCACCGGACGCCAGCAAGGCAUUUGCUGCCUCACGCGAGACUAUCCGCAAGAUUGCUGACGGCGAGACACCAAUUGACCGGCAUCUCAAGGAGGGUGCCAUCAGCCAGGUUGUCGUGCAGUUUGCCGACGAGCAAUCUACCAUGGCCUCUGCCGCCGCGCAGAACUUUAUGCUCGGCGUUGUGCGGAGCCUGCCGCUCGAUUGGCACAAGAAGGUCAUGCGCGACGUUCGUGAUGUGACAAACGACCAAAUCAAGGCUGUGCUAAAGGAACUCAUUAUGCCCCUAUUUGAACCGAAGACAAGCAACAUUGUCAUCACUUGUGCCCCGAUUCUUCAAGAGAAUAUUGACAAGGCCUUCAAGGAGAUGGGAUACAAGACUCAGGUGAAACCAUUGGCCGACUUCCACGAUGACUACGGCUUCAAGGGUGACGAUGACGACAUGGAACUGGACGAGGAGGAUGAUGACGAAGAAGAUGAUGACGACGACGAGGGUAGUGAAGGCGACUACAGUGACUCUGAUUCUGAAUGA